UCAAUCACGGGUGAGGGGCGGAGCCAGGAUGUCGGUGUCUACUGAGUCUGUUUCCCUUCUUCUGGUCAAUCCGCGGCUACGGCGCGGGUCUAUCACCCCGGGCUCUUCGCUGAGGCUCUCUGAACUGAAUGGAGAAAUGACAUUAUCGGGGACAUUUUUAUUGGGAUAUGCGUUAAUCCUGCUCCAGGAUACACUCUUGUAGGAGGUAUUUUUGUAGUGGCUUGUUUUUUUUUUUUUUUUUUGCUGAUGUGUCUUUUUCCUUUCCUUCUCCACUGAGAAGUUGCUUCUUCAGCUCUUCUAAAAAAAAUUGUAAUAUAUAUAUAUAUAUAUUUUCUUUUUUGCUCAUUCACUAGACAGGAAACUUGUUGCAUGUUCCUGUAUCGCAUAGGCACCGGUUUUAACUUCUCCGAGCGCGCGUGCGUGCGUGCGUGCACCCGUGCGCCAGUGCCUCCUCAAUUCACAAGUCGAUACACACUAAAUGAUUCACCCGUGAGCCGAGUCACCUCUUCUCGAAUGCAAAGCUUUUUGUUUUCUGUUUUUUAAAAAAAAAUUUUUUUUUGCAUGAAGGAUUAAGGAAAUUGAAGUGAUUGCAUCUCGAAUAACGCUUAUCAAGGACAGUAGCGCGUGCGCGUUUGUCAAGUUCCUUGCGCGAGUCCAUGCGCUGGUCAUGGAGGACGCAGAACUACACACAUGAACUCCAUUAAAUAAUAAUAAUAAUAAUAAUAACAAUAAUAAAAAGUUGGUUUAUGUUUGCAAUUUGAUUUGAUCUGUGAUGGAGAGAGAUUGUGAUGGGGAGGAAGGCGCGGACGCGAUCCCGGUGGGCGCGCGACGGGGCGCGCGGAGGAGUGGAGUGCUGCUGCCCGACACCGACACUCCGCUGCUGGAGAGCGUGAAGGCGGCGACGGCGCCACGGAGGAGCAGCAUCAUCAAGGACCCAUCAGUCGCCAAAGUUGGAGGUGGGCGUAAGAAAACGGUCUCCUUCAGCAGCAUGCCAUCAGAAAAGAAAGUGAGCAGCGCAGAUGACUGUUUGGCCUUCAUGCAGGGUGGCUGUGAGCUAAAAAAAGUGCGCCCCAACUUGCGUAUUUAUUGCCGUUUCUACACCCUAGACCCUGAACAAGCCUGUCUGCGUUGGGAGCCUUCAAAAAAGGACGCGGAACGCGCCCGACUGGACAUUUCCUCUAUCAGGGAGGUCCGCACAGGCAAAAGCACUGAAACCUUUCUCCACAAUGGCCCUUCAGACCACCUGGCUGAAGAGGCUGCCUUCUCCAUCAUUCAUGGAGAUGACUAUCAGUCCCUGGACCUGGUGGCACUGUCGCCCGAUGUAGCAAACAUCUGGGUGACUGGCCUGCGGUAUUUAGUGUCCCACCCUGGGGCCUUGGCCGGUGGAGCCGGAGGAGAUGGAGGACUAGGAGAGAGAACCGUGGGAAGCAAGUUACGGAGGGACUGGCUGGCAGCAGAGUUUGCCCUGGGGGAUGAGGAUGGGCACGGGAUUGUAUCAGAAGACAUAGCCGUGGCCACCAUCUGCAGGCUGUGCCCUGGAAUUAAGGAGGCAAAGGUGCGUCUGCGCUUUAAGGAGAUCCAACGUAGCAAAGAGAAGCUGACAUCUCAUGUGACAAUUGAAGAAUUUCAGGAGGCUUACUGUGAGCUGUGCACCCGGCCUGAUGUUUACUUCCUUUUGGUGCAGCUAUCGAAAGACCGGGAGUGCCUAGACGUACAGGACCUACGUCUUUUCUUGGAGACUGAGCAGGGGUUGCCGCUGGCCACCACUGAAGGCUGCGUAGAGCUCCUGCGGCGCUUUGAACCCUCUGGAGUUUGCCGCGAGAAAGGCCUCCUGGGCCUGGAUGGCUUCACUCACUACCUUCAGUCAACUGAGUGCCAGUUGUUUGACCCUGAGCACCAGUAUGUAUGUCAUGACAUGACCUUGCCCUUGUGCCACUAUUACAUCAGCGCCUCCUACCGCUCCUACCUGCUAGAUGAUCAGGUGCAUGGCAAGGCUGAUCUGUUAGGGCUGACACGAGCCCUACGAUCUGGGUGUCGAUGUUUGGAGAUUGGGGUAACAGAUGGACCUGAUGGGGAACCACUUUUGGGUGUUGAUCAUGAGUCAGACACCAAGCAUCAUCAUCACCAUCAUCAUCAUCAUCAUCAUCACCAUAGCCUAGUCACACUGCACAGUGCUCUGGACGUGAUUAACAAAUACGCCUUUCUGACUUCUCAAUACCCAUUGCUACUAUACUUGUGUCAGCGAUGUUCCCCUAGUCAGCAGCAGACUCUAGCACUGCACCUAAAGAAGGUGUUUGGAGCAAAACUGUACAGGCCUGAAUGUCUGCCCAUCACUCCUGGGGGACGCACGACCACAUGGCCUUCUCCAGAGCAGCUAAAGGGAAGGGUGCUGCUGAUAGGCAAGAAGCUUCCUCCAGAAGAGGACGGCUCUGAGGGAGAAGUAUCUGAGGAGGAUGAGGAGAUCGGUGGUGGAGGUCCACUGGCUGGUCGUCGGAUGACCAUUCCUGGGGAGGAGGACCUAGGGGUUGUUCUGGUGGUCCCACCUCCCCCUCAGCCAAGGCGACUUCGAUUGCGGCGAGAGCUUUCUGAUCUGAUCGCAGUGGCUCGAACUGGUAGCCGUAACUUCUAUGCUCACCGUACCAGCGCCCAGCAGUCUCAACAAACCUCUCCUCCCACCACCCCCUCCACACCCAGCACCCCAGGCCUCCCAGACUCCCCUUAUUUGACCCUGUGCUCUUUAGGAGAGGGUGAAGCAGGCCGGUUGGCAAGUGAGAGCCCCGAGGAGCUGGUAAGCUUCACUAAGCGCUUUCUCACUCGAGUUCGACCCAGCUCAGUCCGGCUAGACUCCAGCAACCCCAACCCCCAAGGCUACUGGAAAGGAGGUGUGCAGCUGGUUGCACUCAACCAGCAGACACCAGGUGCCAUGCUGGAUCUAAGCCGAGGCCGCUUUGCACAGAAUGCAGGCUGUGGAUAUGUGCUGAGGCCAGCUGUCAUGCGAGAUGAAGUCUCCUACUUCAGUGCCCAGUCACAGGGCUGCAUGCCUGGUGUACCACCGCAGACUCUCAGGGUGAAGGUUAUCAGUGCUCACAGUCUGCCCAAACCACAGGGCUCAGGGGCCAAGGGUGAAGUCAUCGACCCCUAUGUGGUACUAGAGCUGCAUGGUGUACCGGCAGACUGUGCUGAGCAGAGAACUCGCACCGCAGCCCAGAACCAGGAUAACCCGCUGUUUGACGAGACGUUUGAGUUUCAGGUGAACAUGCCAGAGCUGGCACUGCUGCGGUUUGUUGUUCUGGAUGACGACUACAUUGGUGAUGACUUUAUUGGCCAGUACACCAUCGCUUUCGAAUGCCUACAGCCUGGCUACAGGAACGUGCCUCUGCUGGGCCUGGCGGGAGAGCCUUUACCCCACGCCAGCCUGUUUGUUCACGUGGCUAUCACAAACCGUCGCGGUGGAGGUAAGGCUCACAGGCGGGGCCUCUCCGUGAAGCGAGGAGUGCGUCGCGGAAAGGAGUACGUCACUCUCCGAAACACGGCCAUCAAAGUGUUAGACGAUACCUUUCGCUCUGCCGGCGCUCCUCUCAGAGAGGCCACUGACCUGCGAGAGAACGCACUGAAUGCUACUGCGGCGUUCAAAGAGCAAUGUGGGCUCCCCCUAGUGUCCACACUGAAGCAGUGCAUGCAGAGUCUGGCCACAAGGCUGCAGGGCCCUGACGGUCCCCCAGGAGCCAGCCUGAUCCUGAAAGACGGUUAUCCCUGCCUGGAGCCACUCGCAAACCUGAACGACACCACACGCAAGCUGCUUAAUGCCUACGACACGAUGAUCUCGGCUAAUAAACAGCUGAUAGAGAACGCGGACGCUGUGCAGGAGAGGAUUGCUCAGGUGCAGAAGGAAGGCAUGGUGUUUCAUGAGAAUGUGGUCAAGCUGGGAGAAAAGGAGAACCUGAAGGAGCGGAAGCUGAGCAAAGCUGUAGAGAGCUUCACCUGGAACAUCACUGUACUCAAGGGUCAGUGCGAUCUGCUGCGCAGCGCUAAAAUGGAUGCCCUGGAUGCUCUGCGGCAACUGGUGCUGGCCUGUGAAGCCUCUGGACUGACCUUGACCUCUGAACUCCAGUACACACCGCACAGCAUAACCUCCAGAAGGGGCAGCAGCCAUGGCAACGGUCGCAUCUGAGUCCUCCCGGCCUGGGAAUGUGUUGGUGUAUCUUCAGAGAGUGUGGAUAGCUAAACGGUGCAAUUAAUAUGAGACGAGAGCCUCUUGUGUGGGACGAGAGCUUCUCUUGAAGAGUGUAGCUUCUCAUGUGACGUGAUUCGGACAGUAACCGUGUGAAUAUAUAUAUACGUUAAGUCCUGUGUGCUAGAACCAAGGGACAAUAAAAGGAAAGUCCUCAAAAACAUGUAAGGACAGACUCUUGUUUGUGAUGAGCAGAAAUGUUUGAGUCUAAACUUUUUGUUUUCUGAGAACUAAAUUGGGUAGCAUACCUGCGAUUCUAUUGAGUGGAGCGUAUAAAUCGAUGAGAUAAAUCUUCUAAAAGCUCCUGGGUUUGCAGGGAACAUUAACCUUUGACCUGUUUAUAUUAGUCAUAAGUCAAGUAAUCACUUCCUUGAUUACGUGAGUGCUGUCACUUCAGUGCUGUACUGAUGUAAGUGGUAUUACUGGAGGUUAGCGUAGGCGCGUACAUCCCGUCUCAUCCAGCAUAAAGAGGGGAUCAUCUCCUGUACUUCCAAUUUGUAUACUCCUCCGGCCCAUUAUGAAUACAAUAUAUAAAAUCUUUUGUGGGUUUGUGGAUACAUAAUUUACAUCUGCACCUACUUAAAGGGAAGGGAAGCGAAGGGAUUCCCUCCGUCUCAUUAAUUGAGCUCUCUGAUCAAACCCGUUUAAAGCGUGAUUAAUGGUACUCGCACCAUAAUAUGAGUAUUAUAUCUACAACCUAGCCAACCUCCACGAUACCAACUGAGGAUAGAGAAGGAAAAGGACUGCCCUUUCAUGCUGAACGUUGGAAAGAUGUGCUCACCAAGUAAAAAGUAAGCACCAAAUAACCAGCUAAAACCUGAAAUGGCUGAAGAACACUGGAGCAUUAACCAACCUCGUGGCUAAUAUUAUGGCUAACAUUGUUUAACACUUACUAACAGUGUGGCGCUACAGAGAAGAGAAGCCUUCCGAAGCUUCGUUUUAUUUCUCGACUGCUUUAAAAGCAGCACUGAACGUCGACCCGUGUUUUCGUGUUACGAUUUACUUUAACAUAGUAAUAUAGAAAUGCCAAUAUGUGACUUUUGACUAUGUAUGCCUAUGUAUGCAGUAGAUGAUGUGUGUGAAUAGUCAGUAUUUGUGUGAAUACACCAAUAUCUGUAGCGACGUACGUGAAUCUGUAUGCGUGCUGAUUAUUAAGGAAAAAAUGUCAUGAAUGUGAAGAACUUUUGCUGAAGGAAUGUUGCGUUCAAAAGGAUGGGUGAGAACUCUCAUUUCCUUGUUUCCUGUUUAAUCUGAACGAGAAGCCCCGUUGGAUUUAUCAUCCAGAGAACUAACAGGCAUGGUCAUUUUUUCUUAGCAUGAAUGUGUGUAUUUCUAAUCAUUCCAUUUUUGGUGUACCUUUUAUCCCUUCUUCUUAAAUAUCGACAGCGGUACACAUUAUGUAAGCUUUGUUUUCUCUGUCCGGUUUACCCCUGUUUGUCUGUGAACUAGAGAUUUUAAUUACAGUGGUGUUCUGGUGAGGAAUGUCCACCGGUGAACUUGUGUGGCCCUGCUUGAGCAUACGUGUGUGCAUCAUGUUCAGCAAAUGUACUCGGCGCUUCUUAAUUAACCGUUAGCGAGUGUUGGUGAGAUUGUCACCAAACCCAAUAACUCAAAGUUACACAUCCAGUCCCUAGAGCAGAAGUACUGAGGCAUUCUUUAAUGACCUGUAUGCGUGACACACCAAUGGACUGAGAACGUAUCCUGCACAGGAUCCACUUACCUGUAGCUGGGCUCCUGGCUGAAUAAUGAAUGCUAGUUUUUGGUUUCAGGUGUUGUUGUUUUUUUUUUUGCCUUGACACGGUGUAGGGUCGCAGUGGGUUAGUUCCACAGAGCAACGUUCACGUCUAUGAGAUUAGAGACGUGCUACGUGUUAUUGCAAAGAAUGAAUGAAUGAAUGCACAAAUAAAUUAUAUUAAAAACAGAUAGAUUGCAACCCUGAAGAAGGAGUAAGCGGUAGAAGAUGGAUGGAUGGACAGAUAGAUUGUAUUGCUGUGUGGAAUGAAACAAUACCAACCAACGAAGGACUUGAAUGUAGUAUGCUAGUCAACAGAUGAUAUCAGCGCACCUAUAGGCUUUAUCUCUAGCUUGUGGUCUAUUUACAUGUAGAUGAAAAUGUACUGUAUCAGUCUGGACUAGCCAGAUAAGCCUUGCGGUAUUAAGUAGCCUGAAGGUGUACACUUCAGACGGUGUUUUGGUAUUGCAUUGUUUAUUUACCUGCGUGACCUCUCUGAACCUGCAACAGUAGUCCAGUUUGUCUUAAAAGGCUUUCCUGUGUGACUGCUGUCCUCUGCACUUGACUAGCUUCUGUUGUGUCUGCCUUUCCUCUGACCUUUAAAAACACGUUCCUUCCCCAGUCGUCAUUGUAUAAACAAAGAGUAUUUAUUAAAGGUGAUAAGUGUGUUUUAAAGAAAAUUAACUUUAAAGCGACUUUGCUUUUAUUUUGAAAAGCCAUUUUGUAUUCUUAAAGAUUAACAUGUGAUAAUAUAAUACAGAUGUGGCACAGACUAAAUAAACCUUUUACUGACUAUAA